AUGAUUACCCAUAGGGUUGAACCUGGGGAAAGGUCUUACAAGUGUCGUGGCUGUGCAAAAUCCUUUCCCUCUAUGACUGCCCUCUCUUGUCAUGAGAGAUCUCAUGCAGAGGAAAGAUGGUAUGAGUGCAGUGAAUGUGGGAAAUCUUUUACCAGUAAUUCUGCCCUCCGUUCUCACCAGAGACUUCACACUGGAGAAAGGCCUUAUGAGUGCUAUGAGUGUGGGAAAUCUUACACUACUGGUUUUGCCCUCCGUUAUCACCGGAGAGUUCACACUGGAGAAAAGCCUUAUGAGUGCCAUGAAUGUGGGAAAUCUUUUACCAGUAGUUCUUCCCUCCGUUAUCACCUCAGUUUUCACACUGGAGAAAAGCCUUAUAAGUGCAAUGAAUGUGGGAAAAGUUUUGUCACUAGUUACGAGCACCGUACUCACCAGAAACUUCACUCAGGUGAACGGCCUUAUGAGUGUAAUGAAUGUGGGAAAUCAUUUACUAGUGGUUAUGCCCUCCGUUUACACCAGAGACUUCACACUGGAGAAAAGCCUUAUGAAUGUAAUGAGUGUGGAAAAUUUUUUACUGCCAAUUCUAACCUCCGUUCACACCAGAGAAUUCACACUGGAGAAAAGCCUUAUCAGUGUAAUGAAUGUGGGAAAUCUUGUACUACUAGUUCUGCUCUCCAUCUGCACAAGAGAGUACACAGUGGAUAAAGACCUUAUCAGUGCAAUGAAUGUGGGAAAUCAUUUACUGUUAGUUAUGGCCUCCGUUCGCGCCAGAGUGUUCACACCGGAGAAAGGCCUUAA